AAUGAGAUAACAAAUUUCUACACCUACAUAUGGAGUAGGAUAUAAGACUCCAUUCUCUCUAAGUUAAUAAGGAGCUGUAAAGCUUGUCUCUCAACCCUCAUUUUAAAAUUAAGUUUAACCUUUAGCUUAAUAGCAAUAUCAAUAACAAUAAUAAAGUUACCCAUAGUAAUUCAAUAGAUAAAUGUAUCCGAUAAAUGGGAAUACAAAUAUGAAUAGAGGAACUUGGGAAUAAUAAGGAGCAGUAAAAAGAUUUUAAACAAGUCAAGGAAAUGGUUCUGUGCAAAGUCAAUUGUAAGUAGUUGAUUUGUAGUAAGUGGAAGAACCUUGGAAGAUAAAGGUUCAAGAAUUACAGAACAGAAUAUAAGAAUUAGAAGCCUAACAAUAAAACAAAUAAGAUAAUGAGGAUGAGGAAAGUGAAUUAUCUUAAGCAUAUAGUUAAAUUUAAUAAUUAGUUAACACAAUCAAAAUAUUAUAAGAUGAAAUUUAAUAAAUAUAAGAGAAACUUGAACAGAAAUAAAAUGUUAUAGAUAGUUAUGAUAGAUAGAUAUAGGAUAAGGAUAAAGAAAUUGAAGAAGCAAAUCAAUAUAUUUAAGAAUUACAUGGGUAACUAGAAGAGUAAACUACUAAUGUUGAAGAAAAACAUAAAUACUUGUUUGAUGAAGUAAAUACAUGGAAAAAGAAGUUUAUAGAGUAAAAUAAGUAUUUAUUGAUUUUAAUUAUAGAGAAUUUCAUUAGAAAUAAGAAGAGUUGAUGAUUUUAUAAGCUGAGUUGGAUAAUCUUAAGAAUGCUCAAAUAAUAAUAGGUAAAUCGAGUGAUUAUAAAUAAUAAAAAUGA